AUGGAUGCCUCACGAACCGCCACCCUCAGGGCGCAGCUGCGGCCUCGGGCCCUGCGGCCCAUCAUGACGUCGCUCAACGGCGACAAUUCCUGGCUCAUGUCGUUUCCUCGUCCGGUAGAUGAGGCUGUUAAAGCGGGCAAAGCUUACUUCCACGUCGUCUUCGAGCCGUGGCUCGCGGGGGCUACGAGUGUGCUCAGCUCUUGGUUCAUCUACAUCACCUUGUCCCAGCCGCCGGCCGUCGGCGACGUCUCGGCCAUUAAGGCCCUCAUUCGUGAAAUCGAAGACGCUGCUCGGGACGAUUCGAGCAAAGACGAAGCUGGUAGCGAGGACAGAUCGGAGACGGGCUACCGUGGCGCCAUCGAUGCCAUCUUGCUGGGCUUUCAUUAUCUCGACCACUUGCACGAAGCUACGCUGCGCACCUUUGACAAGCAGAUACCCGUCAUUGCGACGCCUGAAGCAGCCAAAAUUCUACAGACCUGGGGCCAUUUUCGCAACAUCGCCCUGAUCCAUGACCUGCCUGCUUCAGCAAAGUCGUGGCGGAGCCCGGAACUACACCCAGGAGGCAACUUGCCAGGGUGGCUAACGCCGCUCCGGCUGCCUGGACAUGCAGAGCUCAACUUUUGCCUGGCCAUAAUCUGGACACACCUCGACGAGGCCGGAGUCGAGACGCACGAAGCUCUGUUGAACUCGCCUCACGGGACACGGCUGGACGCGGGCCCGCUGCAGGCAUUUCUCGACGCCGAGCCGGCGACCAAGAAGCUGGCCAUGCUGCACGGCCUGAAAGAGAGCCACACCUUUGGCUACAUGACGACGCUGGGUGCCAAAGGCGGGCUGGCCUUGCAUCGGAAAAUCGGGGGAGCAAAGUACUGGAUCCCGUCGCACCACUCGACGCUGAACUACGCCGGCGUCUUUAUGAGACUGCUCCGGACAGUGGACACGCCUCGCACUCUGCCGUGGGCCUUGGAGGAGGAGGAGACUGGGCGCAAAGGUGACGAGUCUUGCGGCACAGGGGAAGAGCCGCGCGUGGUGCAGGUUGAGAAUGGCGCGAGCCUUGUGCUUGAGUUGUGA